CCUCUCUCCAAAUCUAACUUCUUUCUAGUCUUCAAAGAGUAAUAUAUAUAUAUAUUUAUUCACAAAAACAUGUUACCAUACCAUCCAAGGCCAAUGAUCAUGAUGGAAAGGACACGAAAGUCCAAUCUUGAACAAGCACCAAAUUGUCCUAGGUGUGCCUCUACCAACACAAAAUUUUGUUACUACAACAACUAUAGCUUGUCACAACCUAGGUAUUUUUGCAAAGCUUGUCGUAGAUAUUGGACUAAGGGUGGUUCUCUUCGAAAUGUUCCCGUUGGUGGCGGUUGUCGGAAAAGUCGACGGUCAAGAUCUACACGAAAAGACGAUAAUACCCUUCAAACAUCGAUCCCCGCCCUCGAAGGCGCUCCCGGAGCUCAUGACAUUGAUCUAGCGGAUGUUUUCGCUAAGUAUUUGAACCAAGGUACAAAUAAUGAUCAUGAUGAUAAUAUUAUUAUUCAAGAAUCUCAAGAUUAUUCUUCUAUUGGAGCAAGCUUAUCUAAUUCUCCUUCAUCAGAUAGCUUGGUUAAUAAUCCAACUUCUUUUGAGAAUGAAAGUUUGUUGGAUAAUUUCCAAGAUUACCCUUGUGGUAAUUUUCUUCAAGAGGAGCAAGGGGGUCAAAUUAAUCAAGAUUUUCUUGAUUUUAACACUAGCUUUCUUGAAAUGCAAGCUAUACUUGGACAAGAGGAGGAUCAAUUUGAUCAUUAUAACACAAGUAAUUUUGAGUGGCAACCAAUGAUGCAAUUUCAAGAUUUUGGAUCAAUUUUAGAACUAGAUGAUCAUCAACUCAUGAAGAAUUCAACAACAAACUUAGCAAGUCAUGACAAUAACAACAAUAACUAUAGUUCAUUUGAUCUAUCCAACUAUAUAUGAAAUUUACUUAAGGUGCA